GGGCGUUACUUUAAAAUAGCGCGAGUCGAAGUAAACAAUCCAAGUGUUCCUUCUAACAAAAACACCACACGUACGGGAGGAAUGAAAUAGUUGACAUAGUUUAAGUGUACCUUCGGAUGAGCGCUUUAAGUUUAACCAUGCGUAGGGUGAAGAAUGAAGCUCUCGAAAUGGUGGAAAACGUGAAGCCGAAGCGGAAAAGAACGCGUGCAAAAGACGAAGAACCGUCAGCUGUUGCUUCGGCCUCCACGUACCAUAAGUUCCGUAGGCCUGCCGAAGUUAGCCGCCUGCGGACUCAACUGCUCAGCUGGUACGACCUGGAAAAGAGAGAGCUGCCCUGGAGGACUCUGGCCCAAAUAGAGACUGAUGUCAACAUCAGAACUUAUGCAGUGUGGGUGUCAGAAAUCAUGCUGCAACAGACCCAAGUCGCCACAGUGAUAGACUACUACAAGAAAUGGUUGAAGCGUUGGCCCACAGUUUCGGAUCUUGCAGUUGCGACGCUAGAGGAGGUGAAUCAGAUGUGGGCGGGCCUUGGCUACUAUUCACGAGGGAAGCGUCUGCAUGAAGGUGCUCAAAAGGUGGUGUCGGAGCUCGGGGGACAGAUGCCCGACACGGUGGACGAGCUGCUGAGACAACUACCAGGAGUGGGCCGCUACACUGCCGCGGCCGUCGGCUCCAUCGCGCUGGGCCAUGUUACGGGAGCCGUGGACGGCAACGUGAUCCGGGUGCUGUGUCGCAUGAGGGCCAUCGGGGCCGACUGCACAAGUCCUGCAGUCACAGAGGCACUUUGGGCCCUGGCGAACACGCUGGUGGACCCUGAGCGACCUGGGGACUUCAACCAGGCCAUGAUGGAGCUCGGGGCCCGAGUCUGCACCCCGAAGGGGCCCCUGUGCCAGCAGUGUCCUGUACGCGCUCACUGCCACUCUUACCUCAAGGUUCAUGCCAGACAAGAGCAGAAUUCCAGGAAGCUGUUGGGGUCAAAGGACACGAAGCCUCCAGCACUUCCAGAUAUCGAAGACUGCAGUGCCAGUGGAAUAUGCCCGCUGUGUCCAAGCGAGCCUUGGGACGAGGAGCUGGGAGUUCAGAACUUCCCGAGAAAGCCGGCCAAGAAGCCCCCCAGGGUGCAGCGAACCGUGACGUGUGUGCUGACUCGACAUGGAGAAGAAGGCGAGGAGGAGUUCCUGCUCAUGCAAAGGCCAAAUAAAGGGUUGCUGGCGGGCUUGUGGGAGUUUCCCAGUCUUCUGUUGGAAAAGGAGGACGAUUCCGAAAAGAAACAGCAGGCGGCACUGUGUGCCCACCUCGACAAGAUCCUGGGACCGUUGACUGAAAACUCCCUUCACUAUGUGGGAGAAGUGCUUCACGUCUUUUCGCACAUCCAGCAGACGUACGUGGUCCACACUUUGCGUGUGGGAGGCGGCGGCGACGCGCGGCUGCGGACGGCAAACGUGCGGUGGGUCAGCAGGUCGGCGCUGCAGGAGGCCGCCGUGUCCACGGCGGUAAAAAAGAUUGCGAAGCUUUGUGACUCCGCGGGCCUUCAGAAGGAGCGGACCUCCCCGUAUGCGAAGAGGCAAAAGGACGACGGCAAGAAAAGACAACGCAGCACAAAGAAAGCCAAAGCCAAGGCGUCGAGUGGCAGCAACAAGCAACUGUCCCUCACGUCUUUCUUCAGGACCACCAAGCAGGAACCCUGCUGAGUAUUUUACAUGCUGUUUUUUGACGGACUGCGCGGUAUAGUUUACAUUUUUUUUUCUCUGAAUCGUGCGCCGAACAGUGAAGCCGGACGAGAGUCUUUUGAAAAUAGUGACAGGUAGGGUUGCGAAUAAGUGUCUGGUUAAUUUCCAGGGGAAGUUAAACUAGGGGGUUUCGGAGAUACAGCGGAACCCCGCAUACUUGCAGUUUGGCACCGGCACAUUCACUUAGCCGCUGAUUUGCUGUAUAGUUCACAUUUUUUUCCUUUUUUUUUUUUUUUUUUUUCUCUUUUUGUUUUAUCGCUGCUUAUUCAACAAUUUUUGGGAUUUAAAAAGAAAAAAAGACAAUUCUGUCCACUUUGAAAUCUGGUUGUUUUAGUCAGGAUUAUGCACGAAUAUGUUUCCCCCCCAACUAUAUUUAAGUUCUCUAUUGAAAAUCAACCUUCAGUUUUGUGAAUUUCUGGGUUUAUUUAGGUUAAUUCCCAUAAAUGUUUGUUUAUUCCCUUGGAAAGUUUCCAACUGUAAAAAUUCCACGAAUUUUGCAACCCUUUGUUAUAUUUAAAGUGUCCAUCUUUUAUAUCACAAUAUGAUAUUGUAUCACAAAUAAAGCGACUGAACACACGUUCAGCCCAAUUAACAGAAGUCUCUAAAAGAUGAUUCUGAACGAUUAUCAAGUGGUGCGCAGUGUUAAAAGCGAUCUUUAUUUCUCAGUCUGUUAAAAAAAAAAAAAACAUCGCUUAAACCAAUAAUUGGGUCUAGGAAUUGGGGAAAAAUGUUCCAAUUCAGUGCAGUUAUCGGUGUGUGUGUGUGUGUGUGUGUGUGUACCCUGUUGAAGCAAUCGUUGAUUUACUGGAAGAGAACCAUCACGAUAAGGAAGUAACUGAAUGGAAAAGAAAUUAACCAAAUUAACUUCAAGCUUACCAUUUGUUUUUGUUUUUUAAUUAACUGGCUACAAAAGCACUUUAUAUUUUCCUGUACUGGUUUUAACCAUAGAAUUUCGGUGCUGCGUUCAAUUUGAAAACAUGUUUUAAGGUGCUCGAAAACACAAAUGUCAGUAAAACAUACUUGAUAUUUGAUGCCGCUGUAUUCACACUGCAUUGUAAAUACAGCGGUACCUUGACCACCACUCGAGCGAAGUGGCAAAACAAAGACACUGUCGCGCCCUCGCAUGUGGGCAAGGAGAGCCACAGUUGCACUUUCCGCCCAUUUAUAGAACGCACAAAUGCAAAAUGAGAACACUCGCAAGGAGCUGCUGUAGGCCGAUGCUCACACUGACGUAACCGGCCGACCCGACUCCAGCUCCUGGCGUCGCGCGCUAGGCCACGCCCCCUUUAAGGCCCAGAUCCAACACACGGAUACUACAGUAUGUACAAUAGACUUUAUAUAAACAUUUUAUUUGUUAAUAUUCUCUUCUGUUUUUCUACAAUAAAGUGAUGUCUUUG